GUUGUUUGCUCCAGACUGAUAAGUACUUAGUGUAUGGUUAUCUUCAUAAAAGAAUGAGUCCAGAGGUUUACUGGGAUCGCCUUUCCAAUUACGAAAAUGAGAGCAGACCACUCAACAAUAUUGCAGCAGAUUUCUUUGAAGGCGUCUGCAAGAACGUCGUUUUCGAGGUUGGAUUUGGGCCUGGUGCACUGCGGCGUCACCAUGGCGAAAACAUAAGGGAAGGCGUUCCUUAUGUUAUUCUUGGAAAAGAGUUUGCAGAUGGCAUUCCAGAGGUUCCGUCUAUCACAAUUGACUACUUCGACCCUGGAUCUCAGCUGACGUUCCAGUGGUUCAAACAUCAUAUUAUGUGUCGUGAUCAUCCUUCUAUUUGCGGCCAGCACAGUCCGAGGAGACAUGCCCGGAAAAAAGAAAUGAAACAGAAAGUGAAUAAUGGAAGAAAUGGAAGUAGAAAAGCACGGAGAAAGCGACAACAGCAAGACUGGCAGCAAACCCAAGAACAUUUGUCUGCGGGACGUUCAUGAUCAAACAAAUCAGAUCUCAUUCUUUGAUGUUGCAAAACCAAAAUAACGCUACAAACAUCUCCAAGAUGGUGCUCAAAGAAAGUUAUAAUCCAAAUCCUUCAACAACUGAAAAAAAUGAGUUCCGAAAGGUCUCCUAAUCUUCUAUGAAAAUCCUGUAUCCUAAUUAUAAGCAUCAAA